UCCUAACUAUGCCUUGAUUUCAAGAGUCCGCCUUGAAAUGGACUCACGAAAUCCGUACGAAGGAACUCGACGCGGCUGUCAUAGGGUUUUCUUCUUCUGGAAGCAAAAUUCGCAUUUUCUCUCUUAAUUCUUAUCCUCUCAUCUGUCAAUCAAUCGAUUAGUCUCCUUUCGUCCUAAUUCGAUUCGUUUCUGGGUAGAAAAGAUCCGACCUUUCGAUUCCAAGGCUUCAGGUUUUGAAGGGUCGAUGGGGGUGAAUCAGUCCAAGGAAGAGCUGCUCUAUCAGCAGGUUAAUUAUGGGAACAUCGAAGGAAUCAAGGCUCUUAACCGCGAAGGAGCAAAACUGGAGUGGAUUGAUAAGGAAGGGAAAACUCCAUUGAUUCUUGCUUGUAUGCGACCUGAUCUUCUGCAUGUUGCGAAAGCUCUAAUCGAAUUGGGUGCCAAUGUGAAUGCUUAUCGCCCUGGAAGCCAUGCAGGAACUCCUUUGCAUCAUGCUGCAAAAAGAGGCCUUGAUAGUACUGUUAUGCUACUUCUUUCUCAUGGAGCAAAUCCUUUAGUGAUGAAUGAUGAUUGCCAAACUCCUCUUGAAUUAGCCAGAGCCAAAGGGCAUUCCAAUGUUGUGCGUGCUAUUGAGAAUCGUAUCUGCUUAUUUGUUGGUUGGCUGAGGGAGAUUCAUGGGCCAAGCAUUUUGGAAGCAUUUGCUCCUCAAUGGGUGUCAAAGAAAAUUUGGGCUGUCGUUGUACCUUGUGAUUCGCGUAAUCCCACAAAUCCAAGGAAGUUUGAGCUGGCUAUAUAUCCUGAUCUACAGGUAUAUCAAAGAAUUAGAUGCUUAGGGGCUGAUUGGGAUUACUUUUGUUUUUCAUUUUCAUUUUGUUCAUGUUUUAACUUGAAGCAAAUUAUAUUUGAUAUUCUUAUGCAUUUACUAUUUUCAAAAGCAAAAAACAAAAAAUUUUGUUUGGUGGUAAUGCUCAUCAAAUUUGGCCUUCUUGCCAUAGCCGCUCUUGGCAUGCCUUUGGAAUGCUCUCCACCUAUAUUCAAUGUUUCUUCAUUUCUAUCAUUUUUUUAUAUCAAUUGGAAAGUUCAGAUAGAGGAGCCAAAGUUCAACCUGUCUGAUCCUGCAUUGAUUAUCAUAGACACUGCUAAAAAAUCUAGGUUCAAGUUUCUAUCUGCACAUGAAGGUGAUAAGCAACAGAUACAGUGGUUUUACAAUGCUUGCAGAGGCAUAUAUCAGUUCUCUCUCACACAGCAUAGCAAUAUUGUUCCCGUUCCACCACCAGCUGCUCCACCAUUGCCCAACCAUUUGCAAGCACCAAACACACCAAUCCCAGAAGAUGUCCAACUAUCUAUGGCCAUCAAUGCUUCUAUACAAACAGCUUUAGUAGAGGGUGUCUCUCUUCCUCAUGGGCAACAAGUUUCCCCAAUCGAUGCCACAAAUGAUUGGGGUAGCUCCUCUGCAAACCCAAAUGCCAGUGCAGCACAGCUUCACACAGGACAAAUUGAAGCCCCAGCUGUCUCUUGCUCUUCUCAGGAAUCACAUCCUUCUAUAACAGUUCCUUCAGCUCCGCCAAUUUUGGAUGAGGCAGUGUACGGAGGUCCCAUUCACUAUCCAUCUAUAGAUUCCAGCCCUGUUUAUUUUACUGUGCCACCAAUUGAAAGGAGUGCUAUAAACAGUAUUGAAACGAAGGAAGAUGAUGGAAACAAUGCUUCAUCUUCCACAUGUGUGAUCUGCUUGGAUAAGCCGGUGGAAGGUGCUUGCAUUCCAUGCGGUCAUAUGGCUGGAUGCAUGUCAUGCUUGAAAGAGAUCAAAGAGAAGAAAGGGGACUGUCCAGUUUGUCGUGCCAAGAUUGAUCAGGUUGUGAGGCUUUAUGUUGUUUGACUUAUAAGUCUGUCUUUGAUCAAUUACUCUGUGAUCUAUUUGUGAUUAUUGAUGGUUGUAGCAGAUGCUGCUCUUUUUAUGUACAUGAAUGUAAAAUCUAUCACAAAAUUCAAUAGGCUGCAGUAUGAGAUAUGCAACAGAGGGAUUAAUUCCAAAGUGUAUUUUGUUCCACGUUUUUUCUGCUGUAUUUUAUUUUUGGUACUGUAUGAAAUUAAUGUUUAUUUGGGACUUCUCAUAAAUGAAAAUCAUUUUCGUAUUUUUAUCAGCUA